AUGCCCCCUUGCUCUAAGAAAAAACCUGUCAAUUUGCCGGCCAGUGACGACGAAAAUUCACAAACCUUGAACACAUGCUCACGUUUGCAAUCAAAAUGUUCUGCUGCCGCUGCAACCAGCGCUCAACCAGUUGCUCCCGCUACUGAACAGUCCGAAGACGGAGAUCCGGAGGCAGCAUCCAGUAGCAAAAAUGAGCACGGUAAAAGAAGGACUCUACCUCGUGCAAACAAGAAUCUAGACCCAGCACGACCGGAUCGCCCCCAUCCCAGGCGGUCUUCUGAGGAAGUCCAGGCCGAAAAACGCGUGCAACUACAGAAGAAGCUCGUGAGAAUGCAGGAGAUACAUGUGAAGGAAGUGGAGCUGGAGAAGCUGAAGUCGAUGCUUCGUGAACAGCAGACCAUACGGGAUUUGAAAGCGAGAACAAGGGCAUAUGACUUACCAAAUGUACCUGAAGAGACAGAGAAUGAGGCGUAUGGCGGCAGCAAACAACCUGUGGGAGAACGAGAUGAGCACAACUCAUUUUCAGACUCCCAUGAGUACAUUGACAUUGAUGGGGUGAGAGACUCUGAUGAUAGCAGUGAGGUCGAGAUAAAGUCGAAAGCGAAGCAGAUGAGACCGGCAGGACCAGCGAAGAGUACCAAGAGUACCAGUGGGGGUGAAAAGGGAAAGAAGAUGGCUGCACACGAUAGGAAGGCGUGCCAACCAAGUGGCAGGACAGGCCUUUCCAAGCGAUUUCGAGCGCAACUUGUACGAGAAGAGAGGCGAGGUGGUGGACUUGCUGAUAGUGAUAUUGAGGACAUCCCUCCAGGUGAAGGAGAGUGGAAGAUGGGUGCAAACGAAGACAACAUGCUUGGUUUCGUCAUGACGCCACCUGUCAACUCACAGCCAGGCUCACGGAAUUCAUCAACUGUGCCAUCUCGCCAACCCUCUCGUCAGCCAUCUCAUCAACCUUCAGUUGAAUUCAAUCCUCUCCCGAAGAAAGGACCUCAACAGCUGCCUCGUUCCGGAUCUCGGUCAGCCUCACGUACAGGUACACCUGCUGGGUCUCGAGCCCAUUCACCAAAUCCUGCUCCAUCUCAGCCUCAAGAACCCAGAAAGAGAGCUGGCCAGAGGGCUGGAACAACUGCCAAGGACUAUCCAGAUUUUGUGAAGAGUAAUUGGUCCAGUCUUGUCCUCCCGACGGCAAAGCAUGCAAUGUUUGCUUCCGAUCAACCUAUAUCAAAUUUCCGUCGAGAUGACAUCCUCCUCAAUACCAUUCAGGAGGUCAUCACGAAGACUUGCCCAGAAACCAAUCAUAUCUGUUCACUAGACCGUGACGCCAUGUUCCAACAGAUCUAUAACCGGUUAAAUGAAACUUGUUCGGAGAUCGCGUCAAAAGCGAUCAAGGUUGUCACGGAGUUCUUCAGUCAACCAGAGUAUGAUGGUAACCACAAAAGGAUUCUGGAGUAUGCGACCUGGGCGAGUGAACGGCUUGAGGAUGGCCCUGCGUUCUAUGCAGAACCCUCUCCCCGCAACGUCAAACCUGGCGCCGAAAACUACAUUCCACCAAACGGACUGUUUCAGUCGUACUUUGUCAUCGAGAUGAUGACGGUCUACAUGAACAAAAUUGCCAAGUCCUGUAUUGACUAUGGCCAUCCCGUCGGUCUUAUAGGUUUGGUUUGUGCAGCUAUAAAACGCGCUUUUAGAUACUACGUCAAGUCACACGGUCGCCCGCCCCUCGUUUCGCUCAAGAAGGACAACGAGAAGUUUUCGGAAGCAAAUGUUGGUAAACACGUCAAAGCCUUUGUUCGUUAUGCAGCCGAACUCAGUGACGAUGACUGGGGAAGGUUGAUGGAGUUGUAUAAGUUUGUUCCAGAUCCUCCGAGUGACGAGGAGCAUGGCACUUCUAGUGACUCUGGGCAGUCCAUCAAGCUGUACAUGCCCCGUUAA